GCGGAAGGAAUUUUACUAUAUUUUAACGGUGGAUAUUUAGAAGCGAUCCUUAUAGUUGAUUAUUUGUUCCAAUAUUUUUGGAAUGAUUACUAUAAUUAUACCGCUAAAGAAAAAGCUAUACGGGAUUUCGAGAAGUUGAAGAUGAGGCUUUUUAAAUGA